CACUGCUUUCUCUAGAAAACACACACACACUCUUUACUUUUUCUUUUCUUUUCUUUUCUCUGCCAGUCAGUUAUUUAUUUUCUUUCAUUUUUUGUGAGAAGAUGCAUUAUCAAGCAGAAUCAUGGGGUUCAUAUCUGGCAACACCAAGGAGUAACAGCAACAUGAGUAACGGAGGAGGAGGAGGAAUGGAUGCAUUUGAAAGGAUUGAAAGACUUGCAAAUGCAAGUGCUGUGGUCAUCUUUUCAGUAAGUUCAUGCUGUAUGUGUCAUGCUAUUAAGAGAUUAUUCUGUGGUAUGGGAGUGAAUCCAACUGUUUAUGAACUAGAUGAAGAUCCAAGAACAGGUAAAGAUAUUGAGAAAGCUUUGAUGAGUUUGUUAGGCACUUCUUCUGCUGUUCCUGUUGUUUUCAUCGGUGGUAAACUUAUUGGUGCUAUGGAUAGAGUUAUGGCUUCUCAUAUUAAUGGUACUCUUGUUCCUCAACUUAAAGAAGCGGGUGCUCUUUGGCUCUAGUCUAGAGGUUUUAUUUACAGUCCUGCUGAGAAAAAACAAAGUGAGUUAUUAGUAGAUAGCUAGUGCAUCAGAGAUUAACAAAAAUGAAAGAAAGGAGGAGAUGGUUUAGUGUUUCUUUCUCCACCAUUUUGGAUACUUUAUUUAGCUUAGUGUUGGUUCUUCUUUAAAGUUCUAAUUGUUUUAGGGGUUCUGAGUCUGCUGGGGUUGUGGGAUGUUUUUAUCUUUUGAUAUUUGCAACAGAGAGAUAUGUAAUUUGCUAUCUAUCCCUAUACUCUGUAUAGAAAAAUUAAACAAAAAAAAAUUAUCAUC